AUGUCUGCGAAGUGGAUUUCAGCUUUUCUGCUGCUUCACCUCGGCUGUUACUUUAGUUCUGGGAGCUGUGGGAAGGUGCUGGUGUGGCCUGCAGAAUACAGCCUUUGGAUGACUACAAAAACAAUCCUGGAUGAACUUGUUGAGAGAGGUCACGAAGUGGUUGUUCUGACAACUUCAGCUUCCAUUCUUGUUGACCAUAGCAAACAAUCUGCCAUUAAAUUUGAAAUUUAUCCUACAUCUUUCUCUAAAACUGAGUUUGAAGAUGUGUUCACGCAAAUAGUGAAUGAAUGGACAUAUGAGUUGCCUAAAGACUCCUUUUGGGAAUACUUUACAAAAUCUCAAGAUAUUGUUUGGAAAUUUUUUGAUGCUUUUCAACAGCUCUGUAACGAUGUAGUCAAAAACAAGAAACUUAUAACAAAGCUCCAAGAAUCAAAAUUUGAUCUUGUUCUCGCAGAUGCUGUGGGGCCCUGCGGUGAGCUGCUGGCAGAGUUACUUAAAGUACCUUUUGUGUAUACUCUACGCUUCACACCUGGAAAUCAAUUUGAAAAGCAUACUGGAAAACUUCCUCUCCCACCAUCCUAUGUACCUGUUGUUUUGUCAGAAUUAAGUGACAAAAUGACAUUCAUGGAGAGGGUAAAAAACAUGAUAUAUGUGCUCUUCUUUGACUUUUGGUACCAAACAAUAAAUGAGAAGCCAUGGAAUGAUCUUUAUAGUGAAGUACUAGGAAAACCUACUACUUUAUUUGAGCUCAUGGGGAAAGCUGACAUAUGGCUCAUUCGAAACUAUUGGGAUUUUUGGUAUCCUCAUCCACUCUUACCAAAUUUUGAGUUUAUUGGAGGAUUCCACUGCAAACCUGCCAAACCACUGCCUAAGGAAAUGGAAGAGUUUGCACAGAGCUCUGGAGACAAUGGUAUUGUGGUGUUUUCUCUGGGCUCAAUGGUCAGUAACAUGCCAGAAGAGAGAGCCAAUGUGAUUGCAUCGGCCCUUGCCCAGAUUCCACAAAAGGUUCUAUGGAGAUUUGAUGGCAAGAAGCCAGCUACCUUAGGAGCAAAUACUCGGCUAUAUAAAUGGCUCCCCCAAAAUGACCUGCUUGGUCAUCCAAAAACCAAGGCUUUUAUUACCCAUGGGGGAGCCAGUGGCAUCUUUGAGGCGAUCUACCAUGGCGUCCCGAUGGUGGGCAUUCCCCUGUUUGCGGACCAGCCUGAUAACAUGGCGCAUAUGAAGGUCAAGGGAACAGCUGUUAUAUUGGACUUACAAAAAAUGUCAAGCACAGAUUUGCUGAAUGCACUGAAGACAGUUAUUAAUGACCCCUCAUACAAAGAGAAUAUCAUGAAAUUAUCAAGGAUACAGCGCGAUCAGCCAAUGAAGCCUCUGGAUCGAGCUAUCUUCUGGAUCGAGUUUGUCAUGCGCAAUAAAGGGGCCAAGCACCUGCGGCCGGCCUCCCAUGACCUCACCUGGGCCCAGCUCCAUUCCCUGGAUGUGAUUGGGUUCCUGCUGGCCUGUGUGGCAACUGUAGUGUAUGUCACUGCAAGAUGUUGUCUGUUUUGUUGCCGGAAGAUUGUCAAAACAGGAAAGGACAAAAGAGAAUAG